UUUAGUUCUGAAAUGAUUCCAAUAAUUAGGUACUUUUUAGUGGUUUGUGUAGCAACUAUCUGUGAUGCAGUUAAUGUCAAAAUAAAUGACAUUUCACAAUGUGACAAUGAAGAACGUCCGAUAAUGUUUGGUAUGAAGAUAAAAAACGACGGCGACAAACAAUUUGUAGAAGAUGGAUUUAUGGAUACCAAAGUCGAUUUUAAUGAUGAUCUUUUGAAUACAGUAACGAUUUAUUCAUUUGACGAGAACGAAUGGAAAUAUGUUAUUAGUAAAAACGAUGACGUAUGCUCUAUGGUAGAAAACUUUAUGGGCGAAUUUGCAAAAGAAAUGGAAAAAAGCGCUGGAAUAAAAUCUAGUUGUCCUUACCCUAAGGGUCGAUACCAAAUUAAAAAUCAUCUGAUAGAUUUCAGUACUUUCAAAUACAAGGAAUUCCCACCUGGUAGAGUAAAAAUCAGGUCUGAAUUCUUCCCUAAAAGUGACGAGAAGAAACUAAUAGGAUGUUACGAAGUAGAGUUUACUUUAUCUUAG